GUUCACUAUGCUUCAGUCUGCUCUGGCUGUGUUUUAUUCCUCUCUGUUCCUCGCAGAAGCUGUUCCUCCAGCAGAUAUUAAGCGCAGCGGCUGUAUUAAAGUCAACCAAUGUAAGUGUCUGAUGCUGGACGGCUCCGGCCUCAUAGAUCUGGGCUCGGUAGCAGACGAGGACGGUUUUUUACUGCGUUUUACACCUCUGCCGUCAGAAACCGGAGACGCUGAUGUGCUGCUCUCUUUUAGUCCGUGUUUGUCUUUCUCACAGCCUGAGGAUUUCACCGCCACUGACUGCACCGAUGUGGCCGCUUGUGUCAUCACGAAGACUCAUCAGGACAACAGGCUUAUAGAUCGGUACUUGAACUACGGCAGACACGAGGGCAGUAAAUUCAGCUAUAACGACACAACGAAGACACUUUCUGUCACUUAUUCCUUGUCUCCAGAGCUCCAGCCUCAGACUGUGGUUCAUUACCGCUGCGGCCCGAAUCGCUCCAUCUCCUCCAGCUGGAGUGUGGGUUCGGAUUCAGGUUCAAGUCUGCCGCUGCAGAUGUGGGUGGAGAGUCCGUGUGCGUGUCCGAGCGCCUGCACACUGGUGGAUGUGGGUCCGGGAACGAUCAUCCUCAUCAUCCUCUGCCUCACCGGGACAGCAUACUUCAUCACAGGGUCGUGUGCGCUGCGGCCCUUCAGGAGCAGUAAUGGUGUCCUGAUGGCCCCAGAGGACAGUGUGUGGUGUAUGAUCUGCCAUCGUCUCACCGAGGGCCCCGGGGCCGCCAGAAAGAGGAGCUGCUCACUGAGAGACACACUGUGAGAAACACACAGCACUGGGAUCGGUCACGAUAAGAGCCUGUCCACACAAACAGCCAGGGUGAAGAUUUUCUGAAACUCUGGGUACUGUGUGGUUGUGUGGACGCUACACAAGGAUACCACACGAGUUUUCACCUCAUGAUGUCAGUGUGUGUGAGGUUUUCUCCUUUCUGAUUGGCCGACACGACUGGGUUCACACUAAACAUUGAAGAUGAUGCAAAAUUCUGCACUUUCGCGGCAAAUGCAUUGCAUAUUUCUAGAGCCUACAGCUAAUCAAUCUGGAGGGCAUUACAGCUCUAAAGAAAAAUAUAAAUGAUCUUAAAUAAAACAAAUACAUUUAUAGAGAUGGUAUACAAGUAUACAACUUCACUCACCUGGGAAAUGGAGGCCACAUGAAUGGUUGGUGAGCACAAUUAAAUGCACACAGCAUCCCAUAUCAUCUGAUAAUUGUAGGAAAUAAUCCCAAAAGGCAAUUGAAUGUGUAAAGCAACAUUAAAGGGCACCUAGGUGACCCCUUUUUUCAUAUUUAAUAUAAGUCUUUUGUGUGUCCUCAGAAUGUGUCUGUAAAGUUUCAGCUCAAAACACCCAUCAGAUUAUUUGUUAUAGCUGUCUGAAGUGUCUGUAUUAUAGGCGGUAAAACUUGGUUGCUGAUUUUUUGUACUGGGCCUUUAAGGCUAGUCCUCCCCGCCUACCAUUUCCACGUGCCUGUCAGCAACAUGCCUCAAAUCGCCGCCCUCGGCUGCCUCAGGAAACAGAUCUCACGUCACGUGUGUGAGAAAUACUACAGUAAGAACUUUAACAAUCAGUAUUUGAUGCAUUUUUUGUGAGUUGCAACCACGAGUCACACACAAAGUCGUUACAAAGUUCACGCACACACACAGCAAGGAC